GAAGAGGAAGGAGAAACCUCCGAUCGAUCCGUCUGUUAGUUCCUGUAACAAUGGCGUCUGCAGGUUUGGUGAAGUUGAACGCAUCAUCUUCGCAGUGGAUCGGACAACAGUCCUUCACUCAACGCCAUGGAUCGUCUACUCGAUCUAAUUUCAGCCGAGUUGCUCUCCCGAUCCGAGCCGGAUCUUACUCCGACGAGCUCGUUCAGACCGCCAAAUCCAUUGCUUCUCCUGGGCGUGGCAUCCUUGCCAUUGAUGAAUCAAAUGCAACCUGUGGGAAGAGGCUAGCAUCCAUUGGCUUGGACAACACGGAAUCCAACCGACAAGCCUAUAGGCAGCUUUUACUGACAACUCCUGGCCUUGGUGAAUAUAUUUCUGGUUCCAUUCUUUUCGAGGAAACACUUUAUCAGUCAACAACAGAUGGGAAGAAAUUUGUUGAUUGCUUGCGUGAUGAGAAAAUCAUGCCAGGCAUUAAAGUUGAUAAGGGAUUGGUUCCUCUCCCAGGAUCAAACAAUGAAUCUUGGUGCCAAGGAUUAGAUGGAUUGGCUUCAAGAUCAGCUGAAUACUAUAAGCAAGGUGCCCGUUUUGCCAAGUGGCGAACUGUAGUUAGCAUUCCUUGUGGUCCUUCUGCUUUGGCCGUGAAAGAAGCUGCAUGGGGACUUGCACGUUAUGCUGCUAUAUCUCAGGACAAUGGUCUUGUACCAAUUGUGGAACCUGAGAUUCUUCUUGAUGGGGACCAUUCAAUUGAGAGGACACUUGAGGUGGCUGAAAAUGUGUGGUCAGAAGUCUUCUACUACUUGGCCCAAAAUAAUGUGGUCUUUGAAGGAAUCUUGCUUAAACCCAGCAUGGUUACCCCUGGAGCUGAACACAAAGAGAAGGCAUCUCCAGAGACCAUUGCCAAAUAUACGCUAACAAUGCUUAAGAGGAGAGUACCUCCUGCAGUUCCUGGGAUCAUGUUCCUGUCAGGAGGACAAUCUGAAAUGGAAGCAACUCUGAACCUGAAUGCAAUGAACCAAAGCCCCAAUCCAUGGCAUGUGUCAUUCUCAUAUGCACGUGCACUGCAAAACACUGUACUGAAAACAUGGCAAGGACAUCCAGAGAACAUAGAAGCUGCUCAGAAGUCACUUUUGGUGCGUGCCAAGGCAAAUUCCCUGGCCCAGCUUGGAAGGUAUUCGGCCGAAGGCGAGAGUGAGGAUGCUAAGAAAGGAAUGUUUGUCAAAGGCUAUACCUACUAAAUUGCAGGUAAUCUUAGUUUACACGCCCAGAUCAAAUCCGGUCCUAAGUGCUGCUUCUAGUUAGAAGUUGAAGACCUCGUAAUAUUAUUUCCUUGUUUCAUGUCAGAGUAAUUGAAUAAGAACCAAAUAGGAUCUAAGAGCUUUUUUCAAAUGUAACUAAGGAGAGGUUGACGUCGGUGGAAGAGAAGUUUUAUGUAUUUCUUAAUUAUGUUUAUUUGAUAGGAUAUGUAUCAAGAGGUUUUUCCGAACCAGAGGUGUAACUCUUAUUAGGGUAUCAUUAUUAUCGGCAAA